AGUUGUGAUAGAUGUUGAACCUUAAUGUCAGAAAGAGGGUUUUCGAGAGUAAUAAAACUACAGAACGGGUCGAACCUUUGCCAAAGAAAGCCAAAGUUCAAAAUAAAUGUAUUUUUUGUAGUCAAGAACAUUACAAUGAUGAAUGUUCUACACUUAAAACUUUAUACGAGCGGAAAAAUAAACUUUUAGGGCGUUGCUAUAAUUGUUUUAGCGAAGAACAUAAAGCUAACGAUUGCAAAACAAAAAGAAAAUGCCGUCAUUGUGGUAAAUUUGAACUGCACAACCGAGCGCUUUGUCCAAAAUUAAUUCAGGAACUGAAUACAACAAAUAUAUAGCAAGUUAACAGUAAAAAUAGUCUUACAAUACUUCAGACUUGUGUUGUUCAUGUUUUUAAAGUCGGAGACAACAAACACUUUUUGAACUGUCGCGUAUUAUUGGACAGUGGCAGCUAACGAUCAUACAUAACGAGAGAACUGAAUCUACUGAUUCUCGAAGAAAAUCGAUUGUCAGUGUUUACUUUUGGAGCUCAGACUCCACAAGAAAUUAACAGUCCUUUAGUCGGGUUUGAAAUAGUGACAAAAACUAACAAAAUCAAGACAAUUUACGCUAAUGUUGUCCCUAAUAUUACACAAAGUGUUCCGUGUUCAUUCAGCAAUAUAUUUAAUGAAUAAAACAUUUUGCAUGAUGACGACGUCGUUUUGGCCGAUGAUGGGUAUAAUAGAAACGAUCAAGUCGAUAUUCUUCUAGGAAACGAUUAUUAUUACUCAUUUAUGUCCCAUGUAAAAGUAAAAGAAGAGGAGGACCUUUUCUUAGUAAAUAUGGAUUUCGGGUGGAUAUGGUAGAUCUUAACGUACUUUCAGUCGAACACAGAGUCAAAAACUCAUUUUUAUGAACCUGAUUUACCACUUUGAAACGAAAAUUUGAAACAGUUAUGGGACCUAGAAUCAAUAGGUAUUGCCGAUUCCCCUAAAUCGUCUAGAGAUGAAGAAGCAAUUAAGUAUUUCAAUGAAACAACAGAGUAUGUAAAUGACCGUUACUAUGUAAAAUGGCCAUGGACAGAGUAUUCACCAACAUCGCUACCAGUUAAUUUCGGAUUGGCUCUAGGAAGGUUGUCAAACCUUAUUAAAAGACUUGAACCCGAAGCUAUCGCAAUGUAUGACGAAGUCAUACGAGGACAGCUUAAAAGUGGUGUCAUAGAAACGGUUGAUCACACUUUGCUACCCGACGAUCAUCCCGUACAUUAUCUGCCUCAUCACUGUGUCAUACAAGAAACGAAAUCAACUAAAUUGAGGAUAGUGUAUGAUGGGUCGGCAAAAGGGAAAAAUAAUAGUAGCCUCAAUGAGUGUUUGUAUAGGGGGACCAUCAAUGUUAGAGGAACUGACAGGCCUGCUUUUAAGGUUUUUUUUAUUUUUUUUUUAUUUUUUUACUGCUUUCCCCCACUUUUUAGCAGGCCCUUUUUUGACAAAUUUUCUCAUACAUUCCAGUUCUCGCUGGUAUGCCUCUCGUACUUUCAUACUUCAUACGACACAAUCAUUCAUCGUCUUUUGCACUUUAACGGGUGGGAUUUCCCGCCUAUUCUAUUUUCCUACUUCUAUGCUUCUUUUAUAUAUUCUUUAUUUUUCCAGGGUUUACAGGAUUUCAUGUCGGGUUUUACUUUAUUCUUAUAUUUUAUUAUUUCUACUUUAUACAUUCACGGUUUCUUAUUUUCUACUAUUUUUAUUCUAUUAUAACAGUUUACAUUUUUGCUUAUCCUAUUUUAUAUUAUUUUAUCUUAUCUAUGUAUUCCAUUUUGUUUUCUGUCUACAUGUAUUUUCGUUUCACAUACUUAAAUUAGUCCUUUUUAUAUAAUCUACUUAAUGUUCUUUUCUUAUUUGUAAUUUCUAAUUUUUAAUUCUAUUCCUUUAU